GCUCGCAGUGCACGGAGCAUCGUUGCGCCGCCCGUCGCGUCCGUGUGUGUGUGCGCGUCCGUGUGCGUGUGUGUGCGCGUUCGUGUGUCAGUGUGUGUGUACAGUGCAGUGAGUGGCGUGCCCGCUCCGUGGGACUCAUGUUUUAAUUGAGCGCCGUUUGAAGUGAAGUGGCGGAAGAAGCAUUGAGGAAUACAGUGUGUCGUCUGAGUGAUGCCGGCGUGAGGCGGCCGCCAUGUUGACCCACCUGGAGCUGAUGUGCGCGGGGCUCCGCAUCCGCGUCAAGAAGAGCGCCAAGUCGGAGCAGGCGGACGCGCACCAGCAGCAGCACCGCGGCCUGCACGGCCUGCACGGCCACCCUCAGCACCGGCCCGUCAUCGUGCACCCGCUGCAGCACCUCCAGCUGCAGCAGCACCUGCGCCGCAGGAAUGAGGCCCUGCUGCAGAGUCGGCCGCUGCCGCACAUCCCGGCGCUGCCGACGGGCGACCCUCCCGGCCCCGGGUCUGGCGUGGGCGGCGUGGGCGGCUCGGCGGGGUCGCCGUCGGGAUCCUCGGGGCCGUCGGCGGCGGACUGCCUGGCGCGAUGGACGUCCAAGGAGAACCUGCUGACGCAGGAGGACGAGUCGGACCCGCAGCUCUUCGUGGCGCUCUACGACUUCCAGGCCGGCGGCGAGAACCAGCUCAGCCUCAAGAAAGGCGAACAGGUGCGCAUCCUGAGCUACAACAAGAACGGCGACUGGUGCGAGGCGCACUCGGCGGGCCAGGUGGGCUGGGUGCCGUCCAACUACGUGACGCCCGUCAACUCGCUGGAGAAGCACUCCUGGUACCACGGCCCCAUCUCCCGCAACGCGGCCGAGUACCUGCUCAGCUCGGGCAUCAACGGCAGCUUCCUGGUGCGGGAGUCGGAGAGCUCGCCCGGCCAGCGCAGCAUCUCGCUCCGCUACGAGGGCCGCGUGUACCACUACCGCAUCAACGAGGACACCGAGGGCAAGGUUUACGUCACGACUGAGAGCAAAUUCAACACCCUGGCCGAACUGGUCCACCACCACUCCAUGCAUUCCGACGGACUCAUCACCCAGCUGCUGUACCCUGCGCCCAAGCACAACAAGCCGACCGUGUUCGCCCUCAGCCCAGAGCCAGAUGAGUGGGAAAUCAACAGGACAGAUAUUGUUAUGAGGCACAAGUUAGGUGGCGGCCAAUAUGGUGAUGUCUAUGAGGCUGUUUGGAAGCGUCACAACAUGACUGUAGCAGUGAAGACAUUGAAAGAAGACACAAUGGCACUAAAAGACUUCUUAGAAGAGGCUUCAAUUAUGAAAGAAAUGAAACACCCCAAUCUUGUUCAGCUGUUGGGUGUAUGCACUAGGGAACCACCAUUUUAUAUUAUAACAGAAUUCAUGAGUAAAGGCAAUUUAUUGGACUACUUAAGGAAUGGUAACAAGGAUCAAAUCAAUGCUGUCGUUCUUAUGUACAUGGCUACUCAAAUUGCCAGUGGUAUGAGUUAUUUGGAGAGCAGGUCUUUCAUUCACAGGGAUCUGGCAGCAAGAAAUUGUUUAGUAGGAGAAAACCAUCUUGUUAAAGUUGCUGAUUUUGGCCUUGCAAGACUCAUGCGAGAUGACACUUAUACAGCUCAUGCUGGGGCGAAGUUUCCUAUUAAGUGGACUGCCCCUGAAGGAUUAGCCUACAACAAAUUUUCAACUAAGUCUGAUGUGUGGGCCUUUGGUAUCUUGUUGUGGGAAAUAGCUACUUAUGGAAUGUCCCCGUACCCUGGUGUUGAUCUCACUGAUGUUUACCAUAUGUUAGAAAAAGGAUACAGAAUGGAAUGCCCUCCUGGGUGUCCCCCUAAGAUUUACGAGUUAAUGAGGGAAUGUUGGCAAUGGGUUCCUGGAGAAAGACCCACAUUCCAAGAAAUCCAUCAUGCCCUUGAAAAUAUGUUUCCACCUGAAUCCAGUAUUAUAGAAGAGGUUGAAAAAGAGCUGCAAGGCGCGGCUGGUAGUUGUAAUACUCCUUUAAUGUCAUACAAAAAGCCUCAUGCAGGGUCAACCGGCAAUAUUCAUGGCCUUGUAGCAUUGGCUGAUCAGGCUGCAUCCUCAGAUGCGUCCCUUGGAAAAUUGAGCACAUUUGGAGGAGGAAAAAAUAGUAUGGUGCAGAUGAGGCGGCCAACCAACAAAAGAGGGAAACAGCCCCCAGCUCCUCCCAAGCGUACUAGUUUGCUCUCUUCAUGCAGUUCAUUUCGGGAUAGCACUUAUGCUGACCAGGACCAUCCAGAUGACGCUGCGGAACUAAAUGGCAUCACCCGGGACCUGCAGAGCCUGACGGCGAGCCAGAAGGGCGACAGCGAGAGCGAGAUGCAGGACCAGACGCCGGACACGGACGACUCCGGGGCGCACUCGUACACGGACGGGUCGGGCGUGGCGACGGGCGCCUUCCCCGGGGCCUUCCCGCCGCCGCCGUCGGGCGGCUCCAACGCGUCCACGCCCGUGCUCGGCGCCGGCCUGUCGUCCUUCAAGCGGCAGCCCGCCCCCGUCAUGGGCAACCGCGCGCAGGAGCAGCGCGGCAAGAAGUCCCGCACCUACCCGCCCAAGGAGGCGGCCGCCGUGGCCGCGGCGCAGCAGCAGCAGCAGCAGAAGGUGCAGGUGGCGGCGCUGGAGGUGCAGAACGUGAAGCGCGCCAUCAACCGGUACGGCACGCUGCCCAAGGGCGCGCGCAUCGGCGCGUACCUAGAGUCGCUGCGUGUGAGCGGGCUGGGCGUGGAGGGCGAGGGCGAGGGCUGCGCCGAGGGCGUGGACGUGCAGGACGCGCCGCACGACAUCACGGUGAGCUCGGUGACGGACUUGCCGGCGUCGCGGAGGACGACGGCGGGGUCGCCGCGGACGGGCAUCCGGACGCAGCCGCAGAUGAUCCGCAGCAACUCGUCGGGCGGCUUCCAGCCGGGGUCGCCGACGGGCAAGGCGCAGCGCGGCGCGGCGGCGGCGGCCGCGGCCGCGGCCGCCAACAGCACCUCGGCGUCGACGGGCCGCGCGCGCAACGACACCGUAGGCUCCAGCCUGCGCACCUUCCGCAGCAACUCGACGGCGGCGGCCACGGCGGGCAGCCCCAGCCCGUCGCGCUCCGCCCAGCCGUCCCUCGCCGACCUGGAGUUCCCGCCGCCCCCGCAAGACCUGCCGCCGCCCGACGACGCGGUGGCGUACGCCUCCAGCCCCGAGUGCCGCAAGCGCAUGGGGUCGCUGCCCAACUCGACGCCCGUGUCGUCCAAGCUGCCGCCGGCCGCGUCGCCCCGCGGCGGCCGCCGCAUCGGCGCCAGCCUGAGCGCCGAGUCGCAGCCCGCCGUGCUGUCCACCUUCCAGCCCGCCCUGGCCGCCGCCGCGCAGCACGACGCCGACGGCGACGUCAUCAACCCGGAGCCCUCGGUGGAGGAGGCCAGCUUCCGCUUCGGCGUGAGCCUGCGGCACCGCGAGCCCUCCACCGACUCGUGCAGCAGCGCGCGCUCCGACCUGGGGUCGCGCAGAGGGUCCAAGAACAACAACGGGCAGGGCCCGCGCCCCAAGGACCGGCCGCCCAGCCCGCCGUCGCCCCUGCCGCCGCUCACGCCCGACUCGCCCGUCGAGCCCAGCACGCCCAGCUCGGACUCGGACUCGGACCGGCGCGGCUCGGCGGGCAAGCCGUUCAAGGCGCCCAUCCCCGGCAUGAUGAAGGAGAUGCUGGAGCUCAAGCUGGUGGCCGAGAUCAAGGAGCGAGCGAGCGGGCGCGCGCGCGACAGUCCGGAGCUGCACUCUGCCGCCAGCAACGCGCUGCAGGACCCCGCGGCGCGCCUCGUGGCCGAGCUGGCCGCCGAGAAGGACGCCGCCAGGGAGGAGCGCGUGGGCGGUGGAAGCGGAGGCAGCCCGCCCGGCCGCGGGCAGGUGUCGCCCUCCGGCGUCGACUUCAAGGCCAACCUGCGCAAGGUGAGCAACGCGGACGCCGCGCCCCGGCAGGACAGCAAGGCCGAGGCCGCCGGCUUCAAGGCGCAGCUCAAGAAGACCUCGGACACCCCCGUGGCCGCGAGGAAGAAGGUGGAGGCGGAGGUGCUGGACAACCCGGGCCCCAUCAUCGACUUCAAGUCGCGGCUGCGGAAGGUGGACGGCGCCAAGACGGACGCGGACGAGGAAAACGACGCGGACCAGGGCGGCGAGGACGGCGAGGACAAGCGGCGCAGCACGGGCAGCAUCAGCAGCCUCAAGAAGCUGUGGGAGACCAAGGAGACGGAGGCCGGCAAGGAGGGCGCCGACCAGAUCAGCCCCAAGAUGUCGAACCGCGGCAAGCCGGAGGUGCCGGCGCGGAGCCCCCAGCUCGGCAGCAGCGGCGGCGAGGACCAGGGCUCCCCUGAGGAGCAGGGCAAGGGCCGCGGCGAGCGGCGCGUCUGGCCGCCGCAGUCCGAGGACAAGCCCGUGGUGCCCACCAAGCCCGUGGUGCGGCCCGCCAAGCCCACCGUGCCGCCGCCCAGCACCAAGCCCGCGCUGCUGGCCAUCUACGCCACCCCCGUGCCGCCCGGCGUGCCGCCCGGCCCCCAGGCCGACUCGUCCAGCAACGGCACGGCCAAGAGCGAGCGCGACAGCAUUCUGGAGAUCUCGCAGGCCCUGGAGACGAGCCUGGCUUCCCUCAAGUCCGCGCCCUCGGUCAGCACGUCCAGCUGGCUGCAGCUCUCCGACAAGGUGGGCCUGCUGCACACGUCGUGCAUGGGCUACGCCGACUCGCUGGGCCCGCCCCACGCGCGCUUCCACCUCCGCGAGCUGCUGACCCGCCUCGAGGCGCAGGCCAGGCAGCUGCGCUCGGCCGGCGCGAGGAACUCCUCCGAGAACUCCAGGCUCUGCACAGAGGUGCAUAACACUGUGAAAGAUGUUGUGAAUGCUGUACAAAGAUAGGAUAACUGACUGUGAGCUGGUACCUAGGUUUUAAAGAUUGAUGUGUAGUAUCUAAGUCCGCCAUAUUUAUUAUGUUGUGAUGGACAACUGUGGUUUCCCCUCCCCCUUCUUAAAGUAACCUCUCCCUCCAGUCUCGUUCAUUGUGUGUAGGAGUUAUUUUAAAGAGAUUUUAUGGAGAUGUCAUGAUUGGCAGCGCCUUCCUUCUUCCCUUCUGUCUGUCGUUUUAGGUUUUUUUUUGCUUUCCAAUCUGUCCUUUAUCUUUGGGAACCAGUAAGUCCAAUUAUGGGUUUCCUUACUAUUUAUUUAUUCCUCUCUCCUUGCCGAGAUUCUUUCUUUUCAUGCUAUUGUGCCACGGAGAUGUGUGUUUCCUUUCUUGUUUGUGUAAAUAUGUGUGAUUAAUUAAUUGAGCAACUGUCCAACAUGAGUCAUCUCAAAAUCAUUUAUUAUUAAUAUUGCUAAUUCCUUGUUCGCUUAUCUUCCGAUUAAUUGACACUCUUGACGGAGCCCUGUAUUGGCCCUUUUCUUGUCUUUGCCUUUGGAAGUCAAAGACUGAGUUGUUUCCUUAACGUAAUGUAUACUAACUUAGGCAAAGAGUUCUUUUUGUGACAGUGGAAGAUAAGCUACUCAAGGAGUAUUAAUCAGUUUUUGGAGUGAGCCUAUUUGGUAUCGCUGUAGUCACAAAAUGGGUGUUUUUCUUCUGCUUAAAUGCCUCCUACAAUGACUGGCUGUGAACCUGUAAUUUAUCCUGUCAUCCAAUAUGAAUGAGUGUGAAUGAAUGAGGUAGAGAGUUUACUUUGUCAGCAUUGAGUGACUGUCCCUUCUUGUGCAUAUAAUGUGCCAUUAGUCAAAUAUAUGCUUCUGUACCAUAACUUUUCUGGGCAGAUGAUGUAUGCAUCUAAAAUCCAGCUUCUAAUAUUUCUUCUCUCUUGUAGUAGAUUACGUAGGCCCAAUUUAUGGAGUGCAUUGAUGUUGCAUCAUCAUUAUCUAUCAUCAAUUGUGUGUUAUCUGUAUUUCAUAUUUUGCUACAAUUUAACUUUUGUCUGUAGGGUUUCGGAAACAAUUUUACGCUAUUUAAACAUUUUUCAAUCAUACUUUGUGAUGAAGUAAGUAAAAAUGAAUGUAUGACAUUUUCGUAUAAAUUAUGUUUUUAUCCAGUGAACAUAUAAUGUUGGGAGGAAGCUACCUAAUUAAUUUUCCAAUAUCUACCAGUGAUAGAGACUCUUAAUUAAUCUUUGAAUAGACAACAAACCAGGGCUGAUGGGAUGUCUAUUUUAGGAUUUAUUCUUAUUGUAAAUGAUUACGUGGUGAUAAGAAUAAUGUUGACUGGAGGGAGGUACAGGUCAGGCGCAAGAUUAUAAGUAGCCGGCCUGCUCAGUCGAACCAAUAAUGUGUAUGCUAGUCUUUGUUAACAUACUGUACAGAGAGCUGUAGGCUAAUAUUUACUCAUUUACUGAAUGCAGGGGAAUCUCAACAAUUGAUGUGUAAUUUAGGAACAUUGACUCCAAAGAAAGUUCUUGUGAAGGUAUUAUCAGUAGGUUCAUGUCUUGUUUGCUGUCCGGCCGUGGGGCCCCUGCUGUGAUGCUCUCUGCUAGAACAAUUGCUCUGAGACUGAUGAGUAAUGUUGCUUUCAUGUAAAGGUUGGUGGUUGAGGGCUAAAAGCUUCUGUAGAGAAAGCUAUUAUGUGAGGAAGCAUGUUUGUACUACAAUUUUUUUAUAUAUUUUUUUUUUCAAUUUUAAAUUUGGUGUUUAAAAUUAGGAAGUAGGAAGCUUCCGGUCUUACGCCAGCUGCCAAGUCAUUCCAACAGUACUAUUUUCCUAUUCACAAUAAGUUAUUUCUGCUUUCUGGUAAUUAUUUUAAUUUUGUAGAAUGAUGAUUGUGAUUUUGGAGAAAGGUUGGUAUGACUGCUUCCAUUAACUGUACAAACUGCUUCCAUCAGAGCCUAAUGUGAUGUUCCACUCUACCAGUGAAUGCGGCAGAUGCGAAACAAUUGAACUGAGUACUGUACUUGUUAUGCCUUCUAAUUUUAUCUUUUUGUGUCUUUAUUUGUCAACUCUUAAUGCCGAAGAGUUUUGUUAUAAUUUCCCACUUACUUUAAUUUAUUUUGACAUUUUAUUGUGAUUUAAGUGCAUAUUAGAAUGAUUUAAGAAAAUGGGAAAGUCAUGAGUUCCUUGAGUUUCUGUAUAUCGGGCCAAAUAUGACCUGUGCCACAUAAAUGUUUUCACUGUAGUAUUAGAUUUCUUGUAUUCAUGGCUCAAUUGGCAGUAUUUCAUGAACAGCAGAGUUGUAAUUUUGUAUGUGCAGAAAGUGGUUGCUGUGACGAAUGACUUUUGGUAAAGUGUGAACAAGUUUUAAGUCAUUAACAUUCAGUAAGUUGUAAGGUGUGCAUGAGUUAUGCACAUAUAUAAAUAUACAUAUAUGAACAUAAAUAUAUUUUUAUUUAAGACAAAAUAUUAUUUCAGGCUUUUUGUUAAUUUUAUUGUUUUUGUUGUUUUAUAGUGUAGUAUGUUAUUUUGUACAGGUAUGGCAGAAUGUGUUCCUUCCUUUAGAUAUCUUUUGAUCUGUCUGAAUGUUUGUACAAUUGACAACCUCAAUAAAAGGAUGUGUAGAACCAAUUAAAAA